CACGACACGACCAAGCGGGGUCGGUCUGGCACUGUGACAAGCACUGCGUGCUGGUGUCCUCUGCUGACUAGCCUCCCAACGCCUAGGCCACCUCAUUCGAUCUGUUCAAUCCUGCCCGUCGGCUCUACAAAGCGGUUUACUUUUGGGCACCACUCUUGGUUUUCCCCACUCGAAUCUGCCCAUUCUCGGCCAUUUCGGACAAAAAUGGCGAACUGUGAGGAGCAGGACACAUUGACUACCAACAUACACACCGAAUACGGUCUCUACGAGGCGCCAGCACAGAGGCCUAAGAUCAGCUUCUUCAAGACCGCUCUAUGCCUCUCUCUGCUCUUUGCUCUUGUCGGCAGCAUAGUUUUCAUCCUCGAGGUCGUCACCAUCACGAUGUCCCAGGUGCACGAAUCCUUCUACGUCGGCUUCUGGUCGGGCCUCAGUCUUCUACUGGCCGGUUGCUCCGGCCUCGUACUACUCCACCAGCUUACCAACGCCUGGGCAAUGCUCUCCAUGGUGACGGACACGAUAGCAAUUAUCGGCUGUGUAAUCGGUGCCGUCUUCGCCUGGCUGGGCAGAAGUUGGCCCCUCUUCUUGACACCGCUCGGCCUGGUCGUGGAGCUACGUCCGCUGCAGUUCGGUGUGCUCAUCGCCGACGCGACAACUGCCUUUCUGGUCACUUUUCACAUGUUGAUCGUCGUCAAAGCCACCUGCGCCUGUUGCCGGCGCGCCUCAGCCUCCAUUGUUCUCACUAAAGCGUAA